GUCAUAUUCAAUCAUGGAUCACAUCGAACAACACAAUCGUUAUUCGGGAUCUUGCAUGUGGAUCGCGGGCGGAUAUUUUCCCUCAAUCGACGAUUUUGAAUCUACUAGAACUCCCUGAGGAGGAUCCCACCCCCCUGUGGGAGAUGAUUUUGGAACAGUUCAAGGAUCAACUCGUUAUCAUCCUUCUUGCCGCCGCCGCUAUCUCGCUCGUCCUCGCCGUCUUGGAAGAGGACAACUCUGGCACCGCCUUUGUUGAACCCAUUGUCAUUCUGUUGAUCUUGAUUGCAAACGCUGCUGUUGGUGUUAUCCAGGAAUCGAACGCUGAGAAGGCAAUUGAGGCCCUGAAAGAGUAUUCUCCCCAUGAGGCCAAGGUUCUCCGUAAUGGUUCCAUGUCCAAGGUUUAUGCGACAGAUAUUGUCCCCGGUGAUAUCAUUGAGGUUGCUGUCGGUGACAAGAUCCCUGCCGAUUGCCGCGUUAUCGAGAUCAACUCCUCCAACUUCCGUAUCGACCAGGCCCUCUUGACUGGAGAGUCUGUUUCCGUUAACAAGGUUACCGAUGUUGUUGCCGAUGCCCGUGCUGUCAAACAGGAUCAGAUCAAUAUGUUGUUCUCUGGUACGACCGUUGUCCUUGGAAAGGCCAAGGCCAUUGUUGUCCAGACUGGUUCGGAUACUGCCAUCGGUGACAUCCACAAGUCGAUCACUGCCCAGAUCUCGGAAAAGACUCCUUUGAAGCGCAAGUUGGACGAUUUUGGUGACGAUCUCGCUAAAGUCAUCUCCGUCAUCUGUAUCCUCGUCUGGUUGGUCAACAUCCGCCAUUUCAACGAUCCUGCUCACCAGGGCUGGCUCAAGGGCGCCAUCUACUACUUCAAGAUUGCUGUCGCUUUGGCUGUCGCUGCCAUUCCCGAGGGUCUGUCUGUCGUCAUCACCACCUGCCUUGCCCUCGGUACCAAGAAAAUGGCCAAGAAGAACGCCAUUGUCCGCUCUUUGCCUUCGGUCGAGACUCUUGGAUGCACCAGCGUUAUUUGCUCUGACAAGACUGGAACUUUGACAACCAACCAGAUGAGCGUCGCCCGUGUCACGGUUGUCGAUAACUCAACUGGACACAUGGCCGAGUACCAGGUCCAGGGAUCCAGCUUCAGCCCCGUCGGUGAUAUCUUGAACGCUGAUGGCAAGAUCGUCCCUUCCUUGUCCACCGUCUCCCAGACCUUGAACGAACUGGCUCAGAUCUGCGCAGUAUGCAAUAACUCGUCCAUUGCCUACAAUGCUGACACCGAUACCUAUACCAACGUUGGAGAGCCCACCGAGGCUGCUUUGAAGGUUUUGGUUGAGAAGAUGGGAACUGACGAUGUCAACGUGAACUCAACCCUCGACUCUCUCUCUGCGCAAAAGCGUGUUGAUGCCUGCAACCAGUACUGUUCCGAGCGCAUUAACAAAUUGGCUACAUUGGACUUUUCGCGUGACCGCAAGUCGAUGAGUGUUUUAGUGACCAGACCCUCGAACGAUCGCCGCUCGACCCGCUCUGGUGCCACCACUGCUGCCACUGCCUCGCUUCUUGUCAAGGGUGCGCCCGAGUCCGUCUUGGAGCGUUGCACAUCGGUUCGUCUUUCUGCUGGCGGUGAGGUUGUUCCCUUGACAGCCGCUAUCCGCGCCACUAUCAUGGAGAAGGUCCUGGACUAUGGUGAGGGACAGGCCCUUCGCUGCCUCGGUCUCGCUGUUGUCGAAAACCAAUCGCCCGACCUGAACGACUGGGACUUGAAGAACCCUGAGGACUUUUACAAGUACGAGCAGAACAUGACCUUUAUCGGCUUGGUUGCCAUGUUGGACCCUCCUCGUCCUGAGGUUGCUGAUGCCAUUGCCAAGUGCAAGACAGCUGGAAUCCGCGUCAUUGUCAUUACUGGAGAUAACAAGAACACCGCUGAGUCGAUCUGCCGCAAGAUCGGCGUCUUUUCGAGAGAUGAGGACUUGACCGGCAAGAGCUAUACUGGACGCGAAUUCGACGAUUUGAGCGAGAAGGAGCAGCUCUUGGCUGUUUCCCGCGCCAGCCUUUUCUCCCGCACUGAGCCGACCCACAAGAGCAAGUUGGUUGAUCUGCUUCAGAGUAUGGGCGAGGUCGUUGCCAUGACUGGAGAUGGUGUCAACGAUGCCCCCGCUUUGAAGAAGGCUGAUAUUGGUAUCGCUAUGGGAUCGGGCACGGAUGUUGCCAAGUUGGCUGCGGACAUGGUUCUUGCUGAUGACAACUUUGCCAGUAUCGAGGCUGCUGUUGAGGAGGGUCGCUCGAUCUACAACAACACCAAGCAGUUCAUCCGCUACUUGAUCAGUUCCAACAUUGGCGAGGUCGUUUCGAUUUUCUUGACUGUGCUCCUGGGCAUGCCCGAGGCCUUGAUUCCUGUUCAGCUUCUUUGGGUCAACUUGGUCACGGAUGGUCUGCCUGCAACUGCCCUCGGAUUCAACCCACCCGACCAUGAGAUCAUGCGCCAGCCUCCUCGUAACUCUCGUGAGCCCCUUGUCGGCGGCUGGCUGUUCUUCCGUUACAUGGUGAUUGGAUGCUACGUCGGUGCCGCCACCGUCUUUGGAUAUGCCUGGUGGUUCAUGUUCUACUCGCAAGGGCCCCAUAUCAGCUUCUACCAGCUGUCGCACUUCCACCAGUGUAGCUCGCUCUUCCCUGAGAUUGGAUGCCAGAUGUUUACGGACUUUAUGUCGAAGAAGGCGACGACCAUGUCGCUCUCGAUCUUGGUCACCAUCGAGAUGUUCAACGCCAUCAACUCUUUGUCGGAGAACGAGUCGUUGUUGACUCUUCCCCUCUGGAACAACAUGUACUUGGUCUUCUCGAUUAUCCUCAGCAUGGCCCUUCACUUUAUGAUCCUUUACGUUCCCUUCUUCUCGAACUUGUUCAUGAUCCUUCCUUUGAACGUGGAGGAGUGGAAGGCUGUUGUCUAUAUCUCGCUGCCAGUCAUCGCGAUCGAUGAGGUGCUCAAGUUCAUCAGCAGGACCUUUAUUGCACCCCCUGCCAAGAAGCUGAAGCAGGAAUAGAGAUCCAGCAUUAGGAUUAGAGAGCGAUAGACUUGAACGACACGACCACCGACCCUGGACAUGUGCGCGACACGAAUGGUCAUGUACAACGGGAAGGAGGGAGAGGAAGAUAAUUUUUUUACUGCUAGAGUGGUGUUGAAACGAAGUAAUGCAGGUGUGCGGCCUCUUGCAAGUGCCCGAGUCUGCAGUGUAGAGUC